UAUCUGAUUUGUAUGGCUACACAUCAUCAUAAAUGUUGUCUUGGUUUUCUUUGACCUAAUAUUGCAGCAAUAAAUAUCCAUCAAUACACGUUUAUCGUGGUACAGUAUGAACAACACACCUAGACACAAUUAGGUGUGUGUCAAGUGUGAUUAGAUGCAGCCUGAAGUCUGUCUCAUAAGUCUCAUAUGAAUGAGGAGGCAAUGAAGGGAAGCCACUACUGUUGACAUACUGUAAGGCCUAAUUAGAUUCCAGUUGUUAAAAUAUUUAAAAGGGAUACCUCACCAAAACAAACAACCAUAAAUCAAACUAAUAAUAGUUCAGAUAUCCUGUGUGUUUGUUCUUUAAGUUAGACACAUUCAAAGUGGAGAAAUAACUCUAGAACUGCAUAUUGACCAGAAUAAAGGGUCAGCCUCAGACGGAAGAGAGAGGAGUUGCAUGAAAUGUUGUUAAUCAAAUGUUGUUAAAUGAAUUUUCUAACCUUGUUUAUCUUUUUUGCUUUAUAUUUGCCACGGGUCAUGGAGAAAUGGUAGAUAAAGGUGCAAUAAUGCACAAAGGUAACGGAUGUGGUUCACCUCUGUCCUCAUGCUGCUCUGUUGCCAGCAGUCUGUUAAAUAUCAACUAAAAUAAUUAGAUAGAGUCAAACACACAGUGGAGUCGGUGAGUAUAAGAGGCAUCUGCUGGUCACUGUAGACACCAGAAGACCGCGAGGACAGCGUCAUGGACGUUUCUGCUACAGUGAUACUAGCAGGGCUGAUCCUAGUCCUGAUAUGGUUCAGUGUGAAGACCAGUAGGAAGCACCGUUUGCCUCCAGGGCCCUUUGCUCUGCCUCUCAUAGGAAACCUGCCACAGGUGGACAAACAUGCACCUUUUAAGAGCUUUCUCAAGUUCAGUGAAACCUAUGGUCCUGUGAUGACAGUGUACCUGGGGUGGCAGCGCAUGGUGGUCCUUGUAGGAUAUGACGCAGUGAAGGAGGCUCUGGUGGACCAGGCAGACGACUUUACAGGCAGAGGACAAGUACCGUUUGCACUCAAAGCUACCAGAGGCUAUGGUUUGAUAAUCAGCAACGGGGAGCGUUGGCGCCAACUUCGCCGUUUCACUCUGACCACUUUAAGAGACUUUGGAAUGGGACGUAAAGGGAUGGAGGAGUGGAUCCAGGAGGAGAGCAAACACGUCAGGGAUCACAUAGAAACGUUCAAAGCCAAGUCUUUUGACCCAACAUUCCUGUUAAGCUGCACCAUCUCUAACGUGAUCUGCUGCUUGGUGUUUGGGGAGCGCUUCGACUAUGAAGACAAGCAGUUCCUGCGACUCCUCUACAUCAUAUCUGAGAUUUUGAAGUUUGCCAGCAGCCCCUGGGGUCAGAUGUACAACCUCUUUCCUUGGUUAAUGGAACGUCUUCCUGGACGACAUCACAGCCUUUUUGAUGAGGUUGGGGAAAUGAGAGUGUUCAUUGAGAAGAAGAUCCUUGAGCACAAAGAAACACUGGACCCCAGCUCCCCGAGAGACUACAUUGACUCUUUCCUCAUCCGAAUCGAUCAGGAAAAGAACAAUCCUACAACUGAAUUCAGUCAUGACAACUUGGUGUCCACAGUUCUGAAUCUGUUCCUGGCGGGAACUGAAACCACCAGCUCCACCAUCAGAUAUGGCCUCAGUGCCCUGAUUAAAUACCCAAACAUCCAGGAAAAAAUGCAGCAGGAGAUUGACACGGUGAUUGGAAAGGAGCGCUGCCCCAACAUGGAGGACAGGAAGUCCCUCCCCUUCACAGAUGCUGUCAUUCAUGAGGUUCAGCGUUACCUGGAUAUUACUCCUUUCAGUGUCCCUCACUAUGCGCUCAAGGACAUCUCCUUCAGGGGUUACACAAUCCCCAAGGACACUGUGAUUCUGCCAUUGUUGCACUCUGUGCUCAAAGAGGAAAAGCAAUGGGCAACACCCGGGUCCUUCAACCCACAGCACUUCCUGGACCAGAAUGGCAACUUCAAGAAACAUCCUGCAUUCAUGCCGUUUUCUGCAGGAAAGAGAGCGUGUGUUGGAGAGGCUCUGGCUCGUAUGGAGCUGUUCAUCUUCAUGGUGUCUCUGCUGCAGCAUUUCACCUUCUCCUGUGCUGAAGGCCCCGACAGUAUUAACCUCAAUCCAGCGUACAGCAGCUUUGCUAAUGUUCCUCGCAGGCAUAACAUUAUAGCUACCCCACGGUGACAAGGAGAAGUCCCACCAUAACAAGUUAUUAGCACCAAAAUAAUUGAACUGCUCAAAAGCAAACACACAUUUUUUUGCAUUAGAGCAAUGUCUGUUGAUGUUUGUUGAUGUAAAUGAGAUUUACACUAAGCUGUUGUUUGUUUCUUGUUUAAACUAUUUAAUCACUUAACCAAAAUCAGUGGUUUAAAAACACAUAACUGUGAUGUUCAUACUGUAUUUAAUGCACUCAUAAUAAUAAUAAAAAAUAAAAUAACUCAGCAUGUAUAGUUCGUCUUCACUGGGGACACUUACACAAACACACAGUUCAGUCCAUGUUCAGCUUGUGGGCGGAAAACCCAAGACAUCAUUACUGCUUUAUGAAAAAAUGUCCAAAUAGCACAUGACUGCUUGGG